CAUUUUGGGAGUCAAAAAGCACGCAGCGGGCCUCCACGCUCUGCUCGUGGCCCCUUUUGGGGUUUUUUAUGUUUUUUUUUGUGGUUUUGGACGAUGGUGCACACGUGCGUGGUGUCCGGCUGCAGGAACAGGAGAACCCCGGGCACCGCGCUGUCCUUCUACCGGUUCCCCCGGGACCCCGACAGGAAGCAGCGCUGGAUAGCAGCCGUGGACCGGGAGGGAUGGACGCCCAACGACGGCAGCCGGCUCUGCAGCACGCACUUCAUCUCAGGUAAACAGGUGAAGAACCCUCGUUCUCCAGAUUAUGUUCCCUCCGUGUUCUCCUCCGCUCCCUCGUCCCCGGAGAUGAAGGAGUCCGGUACCUUGGAGGUCCUGGACAAGCAGGAAGCUCGCGUGGAGGCCGCCAACGCCUUGCUGUUCCUGCAGGGUCAGGGCCGGUCCGCGGUGGUAGAGCGGUGCAAGCAGGAGGAGGCGGAGCCGGAGGUCGGAGCGGAGGAAAGCGGGUCUUCUUCCGUCAGCAGCGACGAAGAAAACGAGGACGAGGACGGAUCUAUGAGCGACUCCAAGAAAGGAAAGUUUGCGGAUGCGGCGGUUAACUUUGAGGACGCCCUGAGGGCCCUGAAGAAGGAGAACCAGACCCUCAGGGAGUCCGUGGACAAAAUGUCCCUCUCGGAGAACUCCCUGAGGAACGACGCUGAGAAGGUGAAGUUCUACACCGGCCUGCCCAACUUCUUCGUCCUGGAGACGGUCAUGUGGCUUCUGGCGCCGCACAUGGACGGCAUGAAAACCGCCAAGCUCUCCAAGUUCCAGCAGCUGCUUCUGACGCUGAUGCGCCUCCGCCUGGACCUGCGCAACCAGGACCUGGCCUACCGCUCGGCGUGA